GUGUUUCCUCAUAUCUUCAGUCAGAUGUAGGCCUGCUGCUUUUAAAGAGUGCCCCUGCACAGCACACGGUGACCUGAAAACCUUGUGACCAGUACAGGGUCUCUCUUCAAGGAGCCCCCUCCCCUCCGUUAAAGAGGCCUAUAUUUAGGUCCAACUACCACCAGGGACACAACAGUGAGUGUGGGAGUGCUGGUGUGAGAGGUUGUCAGUUGAUGGCUGUCCACGAGCAGUGACAGUAUUUCCAGCAAAUAAAGGAACUAAAAGCGGUCAUUGGAGUCAGGGAGGACACAGGAAAUUUCUCUUGGCUGUUUUGCAAGUUCAAGUUCUGUUUCUGCAAGUAAGGAGGGACUGCUGAGGGUUUGGUUUUUUUUUUAGCUUUUUGCAGGUUAUAAACUGUCUGAAAUAGGAACGCCAAAAGCUGAGGAGUUUACUGAUAAAAUGGGGGACAAGAAAUAUGAAGGUCAAGUGCCUCUUGUUGAAGAUACAAAGGUGACAGUGCUUCUUGAAAGUGAAGCAUCAUUCAGGCCUGACGACAAAGCCGAUUACCCCGUUGCUGGGGCUAACUCGAUCUACUCUGCGAUUCUAAGCAGAAAUGAGGCAGUCAAGGAUGCCAAGCGCCUUAAGACUUUUUUGGAAUUGCGAGACAAAUAUGUGAAGAAGAAGGUGGUUUUUGAAGACCCUCUGUUUCCUGCAAAUGACUCCUCGCUCUUCUACAGCCACAAACCUUCUAUCAAGAUUGAGUGGAAACGUCCCUCGGAAAUUUGUGAAAACCCCCAGUUCAUCAUAGAUGGAGCCAACAGGACAGACAUCUGUCAAGGAGAAUUGGGUGACUGCUGGCUGCUGGCUGCCAUCGCCUGUCUGACAGUGAACGAGAAGCUGCUGUACAGAGUGAUUCCACCAGAUCAGAGCUUCACUGAGAACUACGCUGGCAUCUUCCAUUUUCAGUUCUGGCGUUAUGGCGAAUGGAUUGACGUGGUUGUGGACGACCGCAUCCCCACCUGCAACAACCAGCUGGUUUUCACCAAAUCUUUCAGAAAGAACGAGUUCUGGAGUGCCCUUUUGGAAAAAGCUUAUGCAAAGUUGCACGGGUCCUAUGAGGCACUGAAAGGGGGUAACACUUUGGAAGCCAUGGAGGAUUUCACGGGAGGAGUUACAGAGUUCUUUGAGUUGUCCGAGGCAUCUAAAGAUCUCUACAACAUCAUGAAGAAGGCGCUGGAGAGAGGCUCACUGAUGGGCUGCUCUAUAGAUAUUUUUUCAGCCAGUGAAAUGGAGACUCGGACUGAUCAGGGGCUGGUUAAAGGUCAUGCCUACUCCAUCAUAGGCCUGGCAGAGUGCGAUGAGGUUGGAAAGGACAGCAGAAUUCGUCUGAUUCGCUUGCGUAAUCCCUGGGGUUUUGUGCUGUGGAAGGGACCAUGGAAUGCAAAUUCACCGGAAUGGUCAACCAUUUCCAUCGCAGACAAAGAAAAUCUGAAAAAACAGACCAUAGAGUCAAGUGAGUUUUGGAUGUCUUUUGAUGAUUUCAAGAAGAACUUCACAAAGCUGGAGAUGUGUAACCUGACGCCCGACACGCUGCAGGGUGAUGAAAGACAGAGCUGGACGGUUUCGGUCAAUGAGGGUCGCUGGGUGAGAGGCAGUUCUGCUGGUGGCUGCAGGAACUUCCCAAACACAUUUUGGACCAACCCUCAGUAUCGGCUGCAGCUGUACGAGGAGGAUGACGAUCCAGAGGACGGGCAGGUGGCCUGCACUGUCGUUGUGGCUCUGAUGCAGAAAGGUCGACGAAUGCAGCGUCAUCAAGGAGCUAAAUUUCUCACCAUUGGAUUUUCCAUCUAUGAGGUGCCUAAGGAGAUGUGUGGACAGAAUCAGCAUCUGCAGAAGGACUUCUUCCUGUACACGGCCUCCAAGGCUAAAUGCAAGACCUACAUUAACUUGCGGGAGGUAACAGAGCGAUUUCGUCUGCCACCUGGGGAGUACGUCAUCAUCCCCACAACCUUUGAACCCCAUCAAGAGGGAGAGUUCAUCCUCAGGGUCUUCUCUGAGAAGCAGAGCACGUCCGAGGAAGUGGAGAAUGAAAUCGGCUCCGACCAAACACAGCAAGACAAAAAAAAGAAAGAAAAGCCUAUUGUGUUUGUGUCAGACAGAGCACGAGCCAACAAAGAAAUCGAGCAUGACGGCAUUCGGGGGGAAAAGAAGAAAGCGAAGCGAAAACUACUCCAGCCUGAGGAGGAGACUGAAGAAGAAAAACAGUUCAGAGACAUUUACCAACAGAUUGCUGGUGAGGACAUGCAGAUUUGUGCCAGUGAACUCAAGACGGUCCUGAGGAACGUACUCACCAAACACAGUGAAAUAAAGACAGAAGGUUUUAGCCUUGAGACAUGUCGGAGUAUGAUCGCCUUGAUGGAUACUGAUGGGACAGGAAAGCUGAACCUGCAGGAAUUCAAACACCUGUGGAAGAAGAUCAAGUCAUGGCAGCUCAUCUUCAGACGUUACGACAAAGACAAAACCUCCUGCAUCAGUAGUUUUGAGAUGAGGACCGCUGUUAAUGAUGCAGGAUUUCACCUCAACACACAGUUAUAUAAUAUCAUCGCCAUGCGCUACGCAGACGAGCGCCUCAACAUCGACUUUGACAGUUACAUCUGCUGUUUUGUGAGGCUGGAGGGCAUGUUCAGAGCUUUCAAUGCUUUCGACAAAGACGGAGAUGGAAUAAUCAAGCUCAACGUCCUUGAGUGGCUUCAACUGACCAUGUAUUCUUAAGUCCACUUUGUGAUCAUUGCUGUAGCUGCAGUUGGUGCUCACAUUCAUGACUCAGCAUUUGGGCAACCACUUUUCAGUAUUUUUGCACAGAUUUUGCGAUACCAAAUGACUAAAGUAAAAAUCACGUUUGAGGAUUUCUCCAAAAGCAAUAUUUAUAUUUGUCAUCCCUGAAUCAAUAAUAGGUCAGAUUUAAUGUCACCUUUCUUUUAGCUUAUUUUAAAGUGACUGCCAUCCUGUCAGUAAUGCAACCGAUUCCUCAAGUGCCACCAGUUUUCCUAGACUCUACAUGCUGAUGAAAGAUCACUGCUUCAAGCAAUGACGAAGUGUAAUGAUGUGAACAGAUGUUUUUGCAAAUGUAGAAUUGACCUUUGCUGCCAAAGCUUCUGUGUAGUCAACAAAAUGUGGUUCAUAAUGCAAAGCUAGAAGUAUCAAUUUUGAAAGAAAUAAACAUGAUUGUGAGAAGUGA